AGUUGCCGUUCCAUGUCUUCUGUGUGUAAGGGGCUGAUGAAUUGGAUCAACCUUGCUUGUUCUCAGCAAUGGGACUGGAUAUGUACACACUGGAAUGUAGAUCACAUAUAUUAGGAGCUACAGUUUAAACCUUAAAAAUAUAGAAAACGAAAAUAACUCCAUACGUGAUUUUAAGGAUGUUUGCCCCAGAUGUGUCUUCCUCAUCUUUGAAUUACACACUUGUCUUGGGAAUAACUUGUUUGACUGUUUUCAGCAACUUUACCAAAAGUUCUUCUGACUUCUCAGGUUACCUGUCCAAAGUGUUGAGGAAUUACACAGGGCAUGCUUGUGAUGGGGAGUACAUCUCUGUGCGGUGCCCUCACCGGACUACCAUCAGCAUCCAGGCUUCCUUUUAUGGCAGGAUGCCAAGCCAUCAAAUGUGCCCGCCCCUCUACCCACAUUCCAACACCAAGUUAUUCAAGGAAGACACAUCCUGUUCAACUGUUACCUCACUUCAGAAAAUGCAGGAUGAGUGCCAGGACAGACGGAGCUGCCAGCUUCUUGUCAACAGCAGACUCUUUGGGGUGGACCCCUGUCCCAGCACCAGCAAAUACCUCACUGUGUGGUACAAAUGCCGACCAAAUGAAUACAAGAGUAAAGUUGCAUGUGAAGACGACAAGUUAAAGCUGAGCUGCAAACAAAGCAUGGUGAUAGCGAUCUACUCUGCCAUCUUUGGAUGGUCACUGAAGGGGAGCUUGGAGUGUCCGUAUCAGAACACAGGGGUUCCAGCUGUAGAAUGCCAGUCAGGCACUGCCCUGCAGAUCAUGACAAGUUGGUGCCAUGGGAAGAGAAGCUGCAGUGGGUAUGCUAGCUCUCAUGCAUUUGGGGACCCGUGUUACCCUGGCGUUCGCAAGUACCUCAGUGUCAUUUACACCUGUGUACCAAAGAAACUGUUGGAAGAAGCCAAACCCAAGCUGACAAAGUACCACACCUUGAGCCACCCUCAGCCGCCCAGAUCAUAUGACCCAAAUAUUAUAGGAGAUGGGGCACUUCCUGAUGUGUCACCGAUUAUAACAACGGACGCAGUGCCAGAGGAAAAGAAGAUAGGAAGGGUACCUGGGUUCUACCCCAUGGAAGAGAAGUCCUCGCUGGUCCCUUUGGAUGAAAAACCUAGACGGAUGAUAAACAGCAGCAUGGAGUCGAAGACUAUCAGCACAGAGAUGGCACUGCUAAGCACCAUCCUUGCUGCAUAUUCUUUCAUCUUGGAAAACCCUGAGCGAGCAGCCUUGUACUUUGUGUCCGGCAUCUGCAUUGGCCUCAUCUUGAUGCUGUGUGCUGUGGUGGUGCAGAUCUCCUGCAGGACAGACUGCAAAGCCACCCCCACCAAGAAGCCUCAGAAGAACGAGGUCAGCGACAGCGAGAGCGACAGCAGCGACAGCGACUGGGACACCACCUCGGACCUGUCAGCACGGAGGCACCGGCGCUUUGAGAGGACUUUGAACAUGAACGUUUUUACUUCAGCAGAGGAGCUGGAGCGAGCGCAGAGGCUUGAGGAGCGAGAACGGAUAAUCCGGGAGAUCUGGAUGAACGGACAGCCGGAAAUCCCGGGCACCCGCAGUCUGAACCGUUAUUACUAGUGAUGGGAUUAGUGGUACUCUUAUAAUAGACCUGCUGCAUUGGGCUUGGGAGUAAUAGCAGUUUGCCAGGCCUUAACAACUUUUUGGGGCAUUAAACGGGGGAAGCUAACUUGGAAGCUCCCAUCCGCUCAGUGAGAAUAACAUUUUCAGGUGUGAAGCUGGAGAUUGAUAAUCACUGUUUAUUUAACAAACGUUCUAUAUAAGAACCAACAGCUACUCACAGCACAGACCGUGUUACCUCUGGGAGGUCUUAGGAAUUCCAGCCAUAAUUAUAAAACAAGUGAUAGAUGAAAAUGGCUACAGCUACAGUACAGGCACUUUCUGGCUUGGAGAAAAUGUGGUGUUGAAUUGCCAUAACAAUGAAAGUGGAAGCUUUUUGCUCACAGUGCACAGAUCUCUUUGAACCAAUGCCCAUGGCAUGAUGUAAAAAAGGAUGUUUCAUGGAAGUGGAAAACAAAGACGUGGAGACCCCCCACAUCCUAACAGACAGACAUUUGGAACACUGUAAUACUUAUCCAAAAAUGUUGUAAAAUCACCUCAGCCCUUAGACAUUAUAAAAUAGAUUUUAUUAUUUAAUAGUUUUGUUGUUAUUUGUCAUGGAAUCCUGCUAUACAGUGGCAAAGCUUUGACUGACACCUCAGGGAUGAAAUCCUAGUAUUUUACUUGUAUACUUUGCUUUGUUUAUCUAUGAAGAUUAAUGACUACAUUUCUUGUGAUGUGUCAGAAAGUUUUUUCUUAAAAAAACCUGGUUAAAAACCUCAAAGAGGUUUCUUCUGGUGCUUUUAAGAAAAUGCAUAAUGAUGUGCUUUUACCUGCUAGUUAACUAUAGUUCUAUACGGACAUUAAAGCCCAGUUAUUUUAUACACAAUGAAAUCCUGAUAAGGGUUGAAUCACGAUUGUGUGAAGUCAGGGCAUACAAAGUAGAACACUAAAGACCCCUAUUUAACACUAGUCUUGGACUGCCUUACCUAAGGUAACAUUAUGUAGUCCAGGAUUAGUGCGAAUCAGGCUCUGUGAAACCAGCCAUAUAUGUUUUUACAACCUUGAUUUGUGAUCACCUUCUGGAAAAAAAAUAAUAACCCUGUGUAGCUGUUAACUGCUUUACUUUUGCUGAAAAAGAACAUUAAUAUCCUGUUGAACUCAACCACAAAAUAUAUAGUUUUAAUUGCAGUGGUGCCGCUUAUAACCCCAAGGAGCUGUACAAUAGAUUGAAAAUAAUGAUGCUGCUUUUGUUACAUUUACAUUUAUGAACAUCAUUAUUCUUUAUUUUUAUAUGGUACAGUCUUACACUUUUUUAAAGUAUUAUUUUUUAAGUGUUCUUCCAUCUCACUCAUACAAAUGGAAACAUUCCCUUAUGGGACUGUGUUGCCUUCAAAAGUCUAGGUGAUAACUGAAAUAUGUAAAUCAUGUUUCACACGAUGCCCAAUAUAUAUGCAGUUUUGUCAUUUUCUCCAGAAGGCCACAUUGUAUAUACGUACAUACAUAUCUGUCAGUUUGAAUUGAUACAAAUAAAAUGUAUUUCUCUUACUGCGAUAGAGUGACCUUGGAUUAUUUUAUUUUUUUAAAGAUUUUUAAAAGCUACACUCAUUCUGUGCCUUGACAAUCAUACAUUUAUAAUCAAU